CUGGCAUUGACUCACUUCGAACUCCAACCUUCACGAUGCCUCACAGCCAAAGAUGCCUGCGCGCACCACUACCACUCCGCCUUGAACAAUUUCGCAUGUCAAUAUUUGCAUUGCGACGUACAGAAAGAACUACGUUAUGUCAGUAAGGGGACGAGGAGGCCGCGGGCGCGGACGUCCCAAGACACAGUUGUGGCACUUCGAUACGGCCUACCGCCCCGGUUCCGACGUCUGGGAAGCCAACUACCGCAUCAAGAGCGCCCCGCCGACCGUCACCCGUGGCCCGCGCCGCGCAUGUCCCAUCGAGGGUGCCGAGACGAGCAUCCUCCGCCGCACCCAGACCCGCGACGGGAUCCCGCAGAUUAUAUAUACAGUCGAGAUCCGGCAACUCGUGCAGGCGCACGAUGGCACCUACGACGUCCAUAGCGUCUCCACCGAGGAUGUAGAUCUGUCGCGCAUCGACCACUACGCUAGCAAGUGGGAGCAGCAGCGCUUCGAGAACGCCGAGUUCAAGGCUGCUCGCAAUGCUGCUGAAGUCGCGCGGCGGGCUGGGAUAGAGGCGCAGGAGAAGAAGUAUUUGGCUGUCAACUUCCGCAACUCACGCGCCCCCAGCAGGAUGGAUGGGGCUGCCAGUACAGCUACCCUGUCGCACGCCGCUGGAAGGGGACGUGGGCGAAGGCGAGGCUAUGGGCUAGGGCGAGGCAGAGAAUCCGUCCAUGGCCAUCGCAGCGGGAGAGGCGACCAUGUCAAUCUUGUAGACCACACCCCUGACGCGUUUAACGAAGCCGCCAUCCUAGACUCGCAGGAGGACGACGAUGCGGAUGCCGUGAGUCUCAAGCCCCCUCCAGGCCUCCACCAUGAAGCCCCAUCCAACCGUGCCUCCAACGAGAGCGACGGAGACGUCCCCCCACUAUCGCCCAGUCUCAUGCGCUCGUCGUUUAUCGCCAACAGCGCCCUCGUCGCCUCCCCAACAAUACCCCGCAUACAUCCCGAAGUCUUGGACAUCGACGACAACACGUCCUCCAUGUCGAGCGCCGCACAGCAGCUCAUGUCGGAGAGGCAAGUGAGAAAGCGAUUGAGCUCGGAUGAGAAUGUGGAUGAACUUCAGGUUGCCGAUGGUGCCGCCUGGCACCACAGCAAACGACGCCGAACUGAAAGCGUUUCAUUGUCCCCAAAGCCCGGCCGCCCAAAGAAUUCGCUCGCUGAACAGCCCCAUUCUUCGUUAGAGGACGAGUCGAUAUCAGAGAGCUCUUCCGAAGACCGCAGGAAUGACCACAUUGGCGAUAUCACACCCCAAGGCCACGGCCAUGACCAAGAACAAAAUGAGAAGGAACACGAGGGCGAGGACCUGGAAAUCUUCACUGUCGAGAAUAUUGUCUCCCACACCUACCAGAACGACAAGAAGGUAUACCUUGUGAAGUGGGAAGGCGUCGACAAAGCCGAGGACUGGCUAACCGAGGAAGAACUGGAGGGUGCGGCUGAUAUGUUGGCGGAAUAUAAAGCUAGGAUCGAGAGGCCUGUGUUUCGGAAGAAUAAGGGGGUUGUGAAGUAAGGGUGGGGCAGGUUUAGUUUGCGUGCGUUAGCGGCUGCGUACAGGAUGGACUUGGUGAUGACUAAAGACUUUCUACCAUCUUGGCAAGAUAGGGAUUGGCUCUAGGCUUUGCGACACCUGGAUGAUGAAAACCGUGGCAGCUUGGGGCUA